AUGGACCGCCUCCAACUGGUCAAUUGCGUGCAGCAGGCGCUCAGAGCGGAGGGUCAAACGCUGGCUGAGCUGGCGGAAGCUGCGAGCUUUGCCACAGCACUGCCAGUAGUCAUGUCAGAGCUUUUCAAUGGCAACGCUGAGAUCAAUGGAAACGUCAACAAGUUUGAAGGGAUGAACCCGACAGUAAUUGUCUAUGAUCUCUGCCAACACAUGGUUGUCAACAUUGUCAAGCAAGUGACCAUGCUCCUUGGGGUCUCCCUACCACCGCUCCUCAUGGUACUUCCUUGCAAUGCCGCUGCAGCUUUCCACAUGUUUGCUUCCGGGAAGAACAAUGGCGUAUGGGCCACUGUCAUUCGUGACACCCAAGAAGAGAUCGCCAAGGGAGCCACUCCUGUUGAAGCCUUUGCAAAACAUUCCUAUCGCAGCACAGGAAAGACCGUACUUCUACCUGGUCUGCCAACCAAAUUUGACUAUGAAUGGUGGCCUCAUCUUGCUACCUGCCCACUCCAUCCUGAGAUGACCAUGACCAUCUUGCCUUCUUACCAUGCGCUCCAAGAUUCUGCCACUAAGGGCGUCAUUCUUUCUUCCGCCGCUGAGCUUGAGCCAGUGGCUGUAGAGGCGUUAGAAGCCGAGAUUGGGAAGAAGGUGUAUAUGGCUGGUCCUCAGUUCCCGGGUGUGAUGUGGGAAGGCCACUCGACGAUCCAAACUCACAGUGCCGACGAUGAGCGCGUGGUCCGCUUCCUUGAUGAGAUGAAGAUCAAACAUGGCUCUCGUUCCGUCUGCUACUUGAGCUUUGGCUCCGCCUUCUUCCCUCUCCUCCGUCCAGAACUCAUCCGAUACAUCGUCCAUACUCUCCGCCAGGCCAACACCCCUUUCGUAUUCGCUUACGCGUCUGGUAUCGGCCCUGUACCCGAGGAUCUGUUGCGGGAGUGUGAAGGAAUUGAAAACGGGUGUUUGGUCAGGUUCGGGCCGCAAUGGGCCGUGUUGAAUCAUGAGGCUACUAGUUUCUUCAUUACUCAUUGUGGAAGUAACAGUACAGGAGAGGCCAUACUCGCCGAAGUACCCAUCGUCUCCAUCCCCUUCUUCGGCGACCAAGCACAGUACGCCGCCCUCCUCACCGAAGUCCUUCACGUGGGCAUAGACCUCAAACAGACAAAGACGUUUCAACAUCCCGACUUGUACAACAUUCUAUACGACGGGACUGUGAUUGUGGGCCCGGAAGCGGCUAUCAAAAAAGGAGAUGGUGGAUGUAUGGGGAAGGAUGAAGGGGAAGGAAGGCGAAGAGAUGAGGAUACGGAUGAAGAAGGUGAGAGAGACGAUGAGCCGGAGCAGAGGGAUGGGACUGUCCCUUUUGAGUAUGAAGGAGCUGGGGUGCAUCUAGUCUUGCAUUAUGUCGAUCAUUAUGACCGAUCUAUUCUUAUUCUAAACAACCUACAAUCAUAA